CGAUCCCUCUGUAGUUGUAGCUCCAUGACAAAAAGAAAACUUCCACACACACCGCCUGACCAAAUAGGUUAAUAUGAACCCAUCAUCUUCAUCAUCAUUCUCCUCGCCACAACCUUUGUUUGUCAACAAUUCCCGACCACCUUCGCACAGCUCAACGGCCUCGAAACGUGAAACGCCCUCCAUAAUACCGCUGGACUAUAACUAUCAGGUCAUGGCACCCUCUUCGUUGAGGCCUCAGACGGGACGUUAUCCCACACACAUGAUGCUGCCAUCUAGAUCUUCCACACGUCAGAGCAGUAACCCCGAGGUGGAUGUGGAUACAGAGAUCGAGAUGGAACCCGCGUUUAAUUCUCUCUUUGGUGAUCCAGUACCUCCGCCGCCGCCGGAUGAUUUUUUGGCGGGGGGUUUUGAAUCGCCAGCCUUUUUGCGUGCCACCUCGGUGGAACUGACCUCCGAUGAGGACCAACUGUUGGGCGCCAGCCAUCAGCCGGCGAGACUUUUUCCUCAGGUACCCUAUACCAGUUUGAGGGGAAGGCGUUUUUCGAACAUCUCCACUCCAUCGCCCAGGAAUUUUGAGAUCUUACCCUCGGCCAUACCCAGGCUGAAACCACCGGACAUACAAAUAUUGCCCAACUCGAGUGGUGAAUCUUCAUCGGGUAAUCAAAAUUCGCCGAAUUUUAGGUUACUCACUCCCAAGGAAAUGUUGAGCGCUUCCAGGGGUUAUGAGGCCACACAGGCGGAGGAUGUCAUGGAACUCAAAGAGACCUAUACGAUAAGUGAUAAUCGUUCGCUGAGGGAGUAUAGUGAGGCAACCACCACCCGGAAAUCCAGUAGUGUGGCAAGGGAGGAAGCCCCAGCGGAUAUGGAUUUGACAACCUUGAGUCCUCCCCAAAAGACCGAUAUGAUGCCCCAUCAGUUCUCCAACGAGUCCUAUUCCAGCGGUGAAUGGUUUCGCCAGGCCAGCCUGGAAUAUCCCGAAUUCAACAAAAUGCCCACCCUCAGGCCCAGUUCGAAAAAUGUCAUGUCCAUAAAACGUGAUGAAAUGCCUCUUAGCUCCCCGGUGGCAGCCAUGAUCAAUGAUUCGAAUGGUUCCAGUAGUGGGGCCGAAGAACGUUUCAUGUCCAGUACACAAAUUUUACCGGAACCCAGUGUCUCCCUGGCAAGUUUAGGGGUCCCAGAUAGGCCACCCAGUCCCUCACCCUCCUGCCUUCGUUCUCUGGAAGAGUCUCCAUCACUGAUACUUUCUCCCCGGGAGUAUAUCAAGCAAAGGCGGAAAAGUGUCUUUGCCCCUCAGGUCAGUGGUGACAGUUUGGAAGAUGAGGAGGAGCCACUCUCACUGCUGGGUGAGGCCGUCGAUGAUGAGAGCUCCUCACCAUUGCCACCCUUGCCACCACCACCCAUACCGCCACAACCUCAAUUAAUUAGCGAAGACUCCCUGAGAGAGCCGGAAACUCCCUUGCUUAGGGAACGGUCACCUGUGAUACUGAAAGACUCCAUAACCACGGGAGGGGAUUUUAGGGUUGAGCAAUCCCGCCUGCACAAAAAGACCUCCUUUACCAUACUCAACGAGAAACCGCUGCCCAUGUCUUCCCAAUCACAAAGUCCACGCUACCAAAGGACCCGCGAACUAAGUUCUCCCUCCCUAAUACCCUCGAGAUCAGCCACGCCAUCCAAAUCUCCUAUGCAGCGUAAAUCUCUAUCUUCCACCCAGCUAAAACUGCCUCAGCUAAUGCCCACAUUGGCCGAAACUCCCAUCGAAGACUCGCCCCGGCCUUCGGUGCAAUUCGACAUGUCCGGCAGAUAUAGUCCCAGUAAACUGCCAACCCAAAAGGGUAUUCUGCAUCAGAGGGAACCUCUCACCGCUCACAGGCCAUCACCGACGAAGCGACGACCCUCCGCCCCGCUAAACGAACCAAUGGACCACAAAAAACCCCACAUGAAAAGCAUGGAAGCCCUGCCCAUGAUCACGGAUCCUUAUCGGACUUCGAUACCAAGACUGAAUCGUUCUGCCUUAGAUUUAAGACCAGAGAAAGCGGUAUUUCCACCAGGCGCCCUACCAAGGCCCAUUAAACCCAAUCCCAAUCCGACACGCAAGCAAAAGGGUCUACUCAAGGUACUUAACCACGAAGAGAUCCUAUCGCGCAUUCCCUCCCAAUCGAACUGGGCCAGUAUGGAAGACUUGACCAUGGAGUCAAAGGGGAAACCUUUACUCUCACCCCUGCAUGAUCCGAAGACGAGGAGACGUUCCAGCUCCACUUCACCCUCAAGGCGCAGUUCUACCCAAACCACCUCGGAUCGGCGAAGCUCAAAUCUCAGUUCAGUGACAACAUCAGAUUUUAGUUUUCGACGACCCUCACUUGGUGGUGGGGCUAAACCCAAGGCCUCCUCCACGCCCCAGACACCGAAGCGAAGAAAAUCCACUUAUCAGUUGCCAAGUCCGGGCUCAAGGAGAAAAUCUUCCUCCAGUUCCAGUGUGGUCAUAACAACAACGGGGGCAACAGGAAGACCCCUGCGCACAAAGAUUGCCAAACCCACUCCCCUAUCACCGAUUAUAGGCACGCCCAACAAGGAUAGCAGUUCGGCCCAAAGUCCAACACAUGCAAUGCGUACACCAGCUGCCCCACCCUCAGAUAGUAUGUCGGACAGCAACUCGCGCAGAGAUUCCUUGUCGAAAAUUCCCAUUAGAAGUCAAACAAAUUCCAGGGCAAGUUCACGUCUGGAAAUGCAUGAAUCGCGGACGGGUUCCAUGGCUGGAUCACCCAUGAAAGAGAUGUACGAUGACAUGCCAAUGGCAGGGAGUCGUUCAGGUUCCAGGGCAUCAGAGCAUGUUGGCGCCCAACCUGGUAGUCGUUCCGGAUCAAGGGCUUCUCAGUAUGGUGGCGCCCAAGUCGGCAGUCGUUCGGGCUCAAGAGCAUCCCAAUACGGUGGCGUCCAACAACAUGAGACCAUAGCCACCUCCAGAUCCCAAUCCAGAGCCGAAGGAAGAAGUGAGUCAAGAAUGGACUCAAGAUCGCAAUCCAGGCAUGAGGAGGGAAGAAGCGAGUCCAGAAUGGAUUCAAGAUCCCAGUCUAGGCAUGAGGAGAGAACCCAUUCGAGAAUGGAAUCAAGAGUAGCUUCGCGAGCAGAAGAAAGAGCGCAAUCAAGAAUGGAUUCCCGGACGGGGUCAAGAGCUGGAUCCCGUUCCACCUCCAGGGCUGGGUCUAGGGUGGGAUCACGUGCUGCAUCUCGGGCAGAAUCAAGGACCCAAUCACGCUCACAGUCACGGGCAGCCUCACGCAACGAAUCUCGGGCAGCUUCCAGAUCAACUUCAAGAGCUUCCACACGACCCAUCUCCCUGCCAGGUUCUCGGCCUCAGUCACGCAUGGAUUUGGCCAAGGAAAUUGCCAAUUCUCGAUCGAAUUCACGACUGAGUAUGCAUUCGGUACACAGGGGAGGCAGCACCUCUCCGCAAGGCGAACGAAAAUCGCCCAGUAAAUCCCCGGUGGAGAGAAGGAGAAAAUCCAUAUCUGUUAGUCCCAAACGAACAACGCCCAGACGCUCAGCGGCAAGGCGAAGUUCGGUGAGUCCCCGGAGAGCAAAAUCAAAAUCACGUUCACGUAGUCGCAGUAAGUCCCGGGCAAGUCCAGAACGUUCUUCACGCUCUCGCAUUCCCGUGAGUCACAAAGACGAUCUCAGCCAAUCCAGGGCAUCGGGGAGGAGGAAACCACCCAUACCAAGUAGUGAUAUUCGACGCACCUCAUCGAUGAAAGCGAAAGCGACGACAGGUAAGCAGCAGACAAGUGCCAAAAAGACACCCUCAACGGUACGCAAAACCGAGGCAGGGGCUAGGAGAACUCCUUCAUCUGUACGGAGGAAUGGAGGAGGUGCAGCUAAAAAAGAAACGACGCCGGGAACGGCAAGGAAACCCGGCCUGCCACCCACUAAACCGGCAGUACCCAAACGGGAGCCAUCCAAUUUGGCAAGAAAACCCGCUGGCGUGGGUCCGUCAACAAAGAAAAGAGAACCUUCUUCUUUGAAUUUGAAAAAGAAAGCAGGCGAUGCAAAACCCGGAACUUCGGCAGCCACAAAACCCCAAGCAAAUGGCAAGAAAACCACUUCAGCGGCUGUUGGUUCCAGUAAAUCCGACACGUCUUCCUCGGCCAUGGGGAAACCGUUAAAAAGUGAUAUGGCUUCAACAUUUGUCGUCCAAAAGAAUGGCGAACCCGCAGGGGCCACGGCAACUGCCACGGCAGCCGUGGCUGCAGCCGAUGUGGCAACGCUCUCCGCCCUAAAACGACAACCCUCCUCCAUGUCCCUAAUGCGUGUAAGUUCCAAAAUAAGUCUGUUGGGCAAGAAACGUUCCGACAGCAAUCUGAGCAAGAAAACUUUGGAUCUAAUUGUUCCCGAGACCCCUGGCAAGGCCAAUGAGAAACGAUCGACUUCUCCCACCAAACAAUUGCGGGAUGACACGGGAUCUCCGGUACCGGCUGCGGCAAUCUUGGAGAAAUCUCAAAAAACCCUGGAGAAUAUCCAAAAGACCGUAACCGAAGCCACAGAGGAAAUUCAAAAGACCAUAUCUGAGAAUUUAACGGAUCUGAAAAGUUUUGAACAGGACAUGGGACUCACGUCGGACAGUGGAGCCUCGCCAACGGCCAGCAUUACAACAGUGGUGGAGAAAAAACCCUCGGGAGUGGGGAAGGCAACGGGGGAGUCAGUUUCACGUUUGGGCACCGCAGAAGAUCCCAGUGGGAAGGGAGGGCAAAAAUCACCCAUGCCACCCAGCCAACCCAUCGAAGCCUCUGUUUCGGUGGUAAACCCGGCAGAUGGCUCACAGAUGACACCAACCCAGGGCGGGCAGGGCGGCGGCAGUGCAGACUCUUCCCACCAUGCUGACAUUUCAACAGCGGCCGCUAUGACGGCCGCAGGAACAUCGGAAAGGGUUAGUGAACCAAGUGCUAUUUCAGUAAUGCCAGAAGUUGAAUGUGAAAGUGCAAAUUUGCAGAGUUACAAUGUGAUUGCUGGCGAACCGGAUUCCAAGGUGAUGUCUUCGGCCAUGGAUGCGGAAGGGGGAAGGAAAGCGGCACACGGUGAUGACAGUGCUGCAGAUGACUAUGAAUCGGAAGCUAAACGCAGAUCACCUGAUGGCCAGGGUGGUUCACACGGCGGUGGCAGUGGCAAGGGAUCCGGCAGCCAGGAAUAUCUGGAAAACAAAUCCCUUGACAACGAAGACGACUCACCGCGAGGCUGUUGCCGCUGUUGUGCUAAAUUCUGUAUGCCAUGUCGUCGAUCGCGCUGCUCCCGCUGCUGUCAACGCAAACGCAAAGCUAAACAUGAUGAGGCCACUCAGCCAGUUCUCUCUGCCACCAGUAGUGCCACCACAACCAAUCUACAGUUAGUCGACGAAAAGGACGCGCAAAAGAAGCCAUCGUGUUGGCAAAAAUUGAAUUGUUGCAAAAGUUGUUGUGGUAAGAAGGGAAAGGAUAAGGAUCUUGUGAGGAAACCAACCCCGGCACCCCCAUUGCGACCUAUGGGACCACCCAAACAGAGCCGCUGUGGUCUGUGUCUGAGUAAAAUUUUCUGCUGUCGUUCGGUGAAUAAAAUCGACCCAAAGACCGGUGAUGAGACCGAGGUAAAGAAAUGUUGCUUCUGUAUACCGUGUCGUAGGAAACGUCAACACUCGGCGGCCGGUUCAAUGGCUGGGUCAACGGUGGCCUGGCAGGAUCCAGAGGCGGGUAUAACACCAACGGAUGCGGCCGUGCUCGAGGGUCAGGAUGUGGUGGAGAAACAGGGCUGCUGUAAACGUUUCUGCAAUUUCUUGCUGUGCUGCCGCAAGAAAAAGGUGGCCGUCUCGGAUAGUCGCAGGCAAAGUAUUAGGGCCCCACCACCUGAGGACACACGCCGCAAACUCCACGUGGACCUAGUCGAAUAUACAUCGAAAAUGAAGGGAGCCAUACCCGUUCUACCUCUUUGCCUGGCAUGGUUUUGUGCCAUUUGCAAUAUUCUGAUACCAGGAUUGGGAACCUUGUUAUCCGGCUUCUUUUGCCUUUGCGUUGGCAUUCCCCGAUUCUCGCAUUACGAUAGUGCCAAGGCCCGCCUUGGCUCCCUGAUCAUCAACAUCAUUGUGGGUAUGGCCCAAUUCUUUUGUGUGCUCUUCUGCUUUGUGGGCUGGGGCUGGAGCAUAUGGUGGGGUACAAUAAUGCUGAAAUGUGCAAAGAAACUAAGCAAAAUACGUAAAGUGGAACGUCUGGAAAUGGAGGAGGAAAAGAGACAGGCAGCUGCAGCUGCGGCCACUGCUGCGGCGGCUGCGGCUGCUGCAGAGGCAGCCAAGGCAUAAAUGAAUCAAACGGAAACUUUCCAAAAA